AUGGUGUCCGCGACGGAGCGCCUCGAGCGCUCGUAUAUCAACAGGCGUUUCCGGGAGGAGGGGCUUCAGUGCCACAGGGAUGCGGUAGAGUACCUUCUGGGCCCCGCACGGCGCGCGGGCGGCGACGGGGACGCGGAGCUGGAGCCAAUCGAAGAGGUGGUGGACCGUAUGCUGCUUCUGCUGGACGUGCGGCAGCUCGGCGGCGAGGCAGCGGUGUCCCGCGAGAUGCUGGAGGGCGCUGUGGGGGCGCUCGACGCCACGACCGCCUCGGACGAGGACCUCAUCGUCGUCCCCGCAGACCAGUGCCCGCGCAUCGUGUACGACCAGGUCCGCAAGGCCUUCCACCGCGACGACGCCGGCGAGCCGCGCGUCCUCUCCGCCUCCGCGGGCGCCAAAGCCGCCCUCUACCGACAGCGCCUCCUCCUGGUGCUGCAACGCCUGCUACGCAACCGCAUCUUCACGCGGCCCGACGUCGACUUCGGCCCCUCGAUGGCCCGCGAGCACUGCGAGCUCGUGCCCGUCCAGGCGCUCCUCGGCACGGUCGGCGAGCGGCAGUUCGCGCUCGGCUGCCUGAGCAAGCUCGACGACGGCGGGGGGGUGUGUUUGGAGGACCUGACAGGCGCCGUCCCGCUCGCGCUCGACGGCCUGAAGGAGGACGUCGCGCCGGGGCUGUACCCGGAGAACUCGAUCGUCGUCGUCGAGGGCGAGCUGCGGCACGACGGCGUGUUUGCUGUCGAUGCCAUGGUGCAGCCUCCCGCCGAGGCACAGGUGGAUUCGAAGGCCGCGGCGCACGGGCUGGACUUCUUCGGGGGCGGGCACGUGUCCGCGGAGGCGCGGGCGCGCUGGGACGAGGGGGUUUGGCGAUGGGUCGGACGCCCGGGUGGCUGUGCUGGCGGGGGUGUGGAUGGACGCCCCCGGGACCGCCGAGGCGCUGCGCGCGGCGCUGCGCGAGAUGGAGGCGAGUCCGCCCGCGGCGCUGGUGCUCAUGGGGGACUUCGUGGGCAACUCUUCGGGGGGUGCGGGGCGGGCGGCGUCGGCGGCGGCGACGCGCGAAGCGCUGGCGGCGAUCGGGCGGAUCGUCGCGCAGGAGUUCAAGAGCGUCGCGCAGAACACGAGGGUGAUCGUGAUGCCCGGGCCGCGGGACCCCGGGCCGGGGCGCGGCCUGCUGCCGCGCCCGCCGCUGGCGCCGUCGCUGGCGGGGGGACUUUUGCAUUACCUCCCCCGCGCGGAGCUGACGUCGAACCCGUGCAGGAUGCGGCUGCUCGGGAGGGAGAUCGUCGUGUUCCGGCACGACCUCAUGCACCGCAUGCGGCGCCUCAGCGUCACGUCCCGCACAGACAUGGGGGCGAAGGCGGCGCCGGAGACACACCUGGGGGAGGUAGCCUCUGUCUUGCUGAGUCAGGCGCACUUAGUCCCCCUCCCGCUCGCGGAGCAGCCGAUCGUGUGGGAGAUGGACCACGCGCUGCGGCUGUACCCGAUGCCGGACGCGCUCCUGCUCGGGGACUCGGGGCAGGCCGCGACGUACGAGACCCCCGAGGGGUGUGUUGCGGUAGGAGCGGGGUCGUUCACCGCGCACGGGACGUACGCCGAGUACUGGCCGCUGCGGCGCACGGGGCAGCGGGCGGCGGUGCGCACGGCCAAGGCGUAGCGGCGGCGCGGUAA